AUGGUCCUUGAACGAGCGCAUCAGUUCAAGCGCAUUGCACCAGGCUGUCUCGACUGGGUCAUGUCGUUGAACACUGCUGCACUGAGUACUUUGCUGCUCGACCGCACACAAGUCUCGGCACUCGUUGUACGCGAGUUGAUUGGUGGCAGCAAAUGCCCGCAACUCCAGCACCUAUCGAUUCGAUUCUGUACAAAUGUUCAUGCAGGACAGCUCAUUGAUCGCUUCGAUGGUCUGACUGCGAGAAAAGUAAGCGUCUCCUUGAAACGCCUCGACGUGGUGGGUAUCAAUGGACUUGCCUUUUUCGAACCAACUCACAAUGGUAUCACUACAUUCGAUGCGGUCAAUAUCGAGCUGAUCGGAACAGGUCCAGAGUAUGAUUACACGGAUCGUUGGCGUGAGGCUGUCUAUGACUUCAAUCAGACUCUGUCAAGGGUCCGCACAACCCAUGGCGCAUGCGUCAAAACGGACGUAGCCCGCUGCUCACAGGCCUUUUGUCGCAACUUUGACUUGGGUAGACGGGAAUUGGCAAACCCAACGUUGGUGGAUGAUCCACCACUGUGCUUUGUCUGUAAUACCCGCAAACCCGUGUUGCUAUGCAGACCUUGCUAUUCAGCACGAUCAUGUAAUAUUUGUGGCACGUAUAUCUGUCCGGAUUGCCAUUCAGUCGACAACGACGAUGCUCUGUACCGGUUGGGCUUUACUAGACAACUCUGGCUUGCCCAUGUGACAGAGUUUAUGCCAGAUGAAUCUGAUUGCAGUGUUCAGAAUAGUCAGCUGAGUGCAAAGGCGAGAUUAUUGAUGUUUCAAGUGCAUAAGCGCUCGCAGGCCAAGAUUUCUGCCCAAAUCACCUUGGCUCAGGGAUUUGGGCUUGGAGAUAGAUGA